AUGGGAUUCAGCAACAAAAUAAGAAUGUGGCUAAAAAGAUGUCUUGUUUCCUCCAAGUCCUCAGUACUUGUAAAUGGCUGCCCAACUGAAGAAUUCUCUAUAUCGAAAGGGGUCAAACAAGGCGAUCCACUCUCUCUAUUUCUGUUUAUUAUAGCAAUGGAGGGUCUUAGUGUAACGAUGAAGUCGGCGUGUGAACUAGGCAUCUUCCAUGGGAUUAAUUUGCCAAAUGGUGGGCCAACACUCUCCCAUUUUCUAUAUGCGGAUGAUGCUCUUUUCUUAGGGGAGUGGUUGAAGCAAAACAUCAAGAACCUAUCACGCAUCCUACAUUGCUUCCACGUCGCAUCGGGGCUUAGAGUCGAUUUCAAUAAAUCUAGAGUAUUUGGAAUUGGUGUCGAUACUCAGGAGGUGACAAAUUGGGCGAGACCUUUAGGAUGUGAACCAUCCUCCCUUCCUUUUACCUAUCUUAGUGUCCCAGUUGGAGCCAAUAUGAAGUUGAAGAAAUAUUGGAAGCCGAUCAUAGACAAAUUCAAAGAAAAACUCUCAAAGUGGAAAUCUAAAAAUCUAUCCUUUGGUGGAAGAUUGACCCUCAUCCAAUCAGUCCUCGGCAACCUCCUAACUUAUUAUUUAUCUUUGUUUGUGGCUCCAGAAGGUGUCAUUGAAACUCUUGAAAGGUUGAGGAACAGAUUCCUAUGGGGUGGAUCCGAUGAGAGGAAGGUUAUUCACUGGAUUUCGUGGGAUAAAGUGACAGCCCCUAAAGAUUCGGGUGGACUUGGCGUUGGCACGAUAAAAACCCUGAACAUAUCCCUCAUUAUGAAAUGGUGGUGGAAACUUAGAACCAAACCUGGUCAAUUAUGGGCAACAGUCAUAUACAGUGUGCACAAUCUUCGUUCCAAACCUGAUGUAUGUUACUCGAUGAAGACUUUACCCGGGGUUUGGAACAACAUUGCAGGUAUAAAGAAUGACCUCAUGAAAAAGAACAUCCCCGUCUGCUCGGUGCUUUCCAAGCAUCAAGAUCCCAUAGGUGAAAUAUGGAAAUGUGGCUUAACUCUGGAUGGUUCUUAUUCGGUGUGUGCCCUGAGGAACAAAUGGGACUAUAGACCCCCUACUAUUGGUUCUAACUUUCAAUGGCUUAAAGAAAUACCACUGGAAGUAUCAUGCUUCAUCUGGAGGGCGCAAGCGGGCAAAAUUCCAAUCAUAAAUGAACUGUCAAAAAGAGGGGUAUAUGUGGAAUCAUUGACUUGUCAGAUGUGUGAGGAGAUUGAAGAAUGUCCAGACCAUUCUCUUGUGGCAUGCUCGUAUGCAGCGAAGAUCACAAAAGGGAUAUUAAGCUGGUGCAGGGUGCAAGCUGGAAGCUUUCAUAAGGUGAACGAAAUUCUAGAAUUCGCUGCCAAGUAG